UUUCGUAGCUAGGAUCCUCAGCACAAUAUUGUUUUCACUCAGCAAAAUAACACUGGUACCGAGACCUAUCCCCGAUCGUUAUUUUAGUUACGGCGUUGAGCUCCUUUCCCUUCCUAGCUUUUGAUCCAUGGAUUCUCUGGGAAAUAUGAUGGGGAAGCAACCCGUACAAGCCACGGGCACGAUGUGUGCCGUCGGCAAGCUGUACAGGCACACAGAGUCCUCAUCAUGGUCCCUUGUCCAAGACCCCGUGCUGCACCAGCAGCAGGUCUCAGGACUCGGCCAAUCCUAUGCAAUGGUCCACCGUUAUUCAAUGCAGAAGUUAGCGAACGGAACACACACAUGGACCACUCACUCUAUAGCAGUCAAUAGCGAAAAGCUCAAGGCAAUUCUAGCUCAGAUAUUCCAGGGCUACCCGGAUUGGGCACCUGCCGACAAACCAUUCACAUUCCUGCCGCCGUACAAGCCCCUCAUCCAUCGAUGGGAGAAGAUACGUGGGUUCAACGCAGCCGACGAAGGGGCUAAGAAAGAACUACACCUGUUCUGCGAGGAAGUCAAACCUCUCAUCGAAGUCGAGCUUCACGUCCUAGAAAAAACGAGGUCUACCGGUGUGAUACCGUUUGACAAGCUCUGGCUUAUCUUUGCCCCUGGUGAUCUUGUAAUUGCGGGAUGUCUCCAAGGGGCUACGUGCAUCUGCAAGCUUCUUGCUGCACCGAAACUGAUCACAUCCACGCGAGACCAGCGACGCCGGCUCAUGCGCCGUGGCAUCUUCGACUCUGACGACUCCGAGGAUGAAUCCGAUGACGAAGAUGGUUCUGAUAAACCUUUCUGGGCAAUUCAGUUUGCUCAGAUUGAUUGGAAUGGUAGCUACUGCGGCCAGAAAGUAGACCAAAUCAAAAUCCUACAGUUUGAUGAAAUAAAAGCCGUCACCGAUCUCGAUAUGUACCCGCUCUUAUUCUCCCCCGACCUUAGAGAGAAAGACAUGGCACUUGCUCGAGGAAGGAAGUUUGAAUCUCUUCGUGGGUUUCACGUGAAGAAUUGCAACGGAGCGAAAAUUAUCGAGAAGCCAACCCCGUUUGGAACGGAGUAUGUUCCUGAACCGGUGUCGGGUCGGGUUAUUGUCGAUGCACAUGCGUUCUAUCACUGCCAAGAAAAGGUACCGCCUACAUUACGUCGAGCCGCCAACCCAGAGUUGAGCGCCGAGGAAGAUGUAAAAGUUGCCUUAUCGUUAGUUAAGAAACGGAGUGGAGACGAUGAGAGACGCGAAGACUUACGGCCUAUGACCGACGAAGAAUGUAUAUUGGCUGUUCCUCGCGUAAAGGGGUUUGAUUUGAGAACUAAACAGUGGUGUUAUUUCAAUGUGGAUGAACUUCAGGAGACCAGUUGGAAUGAUGCCUCGUACGACAACCUAGUUUUACCAGUAGAUGAGAAAGAACUUCUCAUGUCAUUCGCGGACAAGGAAAGGGUUCGCGAAGCAGGUUUCGACGACUUCGUCAAGAAUAAAGGCAAGGGAGUUAUCAUACUUCUCUAUGGCCCCGCAGGUGUUGGGAAAACUCUCACAGCAGAAGGAGUUGCCGAGAAGUCUAGAGUCCCACUCUAUGUAUUGAGCGCUGGCGAACUGGGCUCAACUGCCGGCAAGGUUGAAGGCGCCCUCCAAACAGCACUCAAAUGCUGCCAAUUGUGGGGCGCGAUGCUUCUCCUUGAUGAGGCGGAUGUCUUCCUCGAAGCUCGAGGAUCGGAUAAUGUGGAGCGGAACGAGCUUGUAUCGAUUUUCCUUCGACAGCUUGAGUACUACCAGGGUCUCAUGUUUUUGACGACCAACCGAGUCAAGAAGAUCGACAAUGCGUUCCUGUCGCGAAUUGAUUUGAUACUACCUUACGACGAUCUUGAUUUGAAUACUCGGCGCGAGCUUUGGGCGAAAUUCGUUCACCGACUAAAACCUCAAGAUGUCGAUCUAAGCAAAAGCGAUAUUGAUGACUUGGCAACUACCAAGAUGAACGGAAGAGAGAUUAAGAACGUACUCAAAACUGCACUCAUUAUAGCCGCCCGCGAUAAACCCCUCCGGAAACGCCACCUCCAAACCGUGUUGAGCAUCCGCAAACGGGUUGAUUCUCUCCGACUUGAUGCAGGUGGUAUAGUUAACUAGGGACGGUCAUGAAAUCCAAUCGCCAUAAAAUGCAGCUAUUUGGGCGAGAGUUCGUAUUCGAUAUCUCAUCGUUGCUGUUGUAUCUUUCCUUUUCGUUGAGCGAUGGUUGGGAGCCCGCGAGGACACACAAGAGGGCAAUAAGUUAGCAAUCAAUGAUAGCGUAUUUAAUUGAAAACUGAUCGGGCAUCUGAAUCCCCUAAUU